AUGGUCAAGAGAGUUCUAGUAGGAUACGGCAUUGACGUCGACGCCGUGAGUGGCUGGAUCAAUACAAGGGACGGCUCCCCCGCAAACCCAACAGACGUAUCCCGCGGCAUCUUCGGAGCCACCGUGGGCAUCGACCGGCUGCUGAAGCUCUACGACAAAUACAACAUCAAAGCGACCUGGUUCGUGCCGGGCCAUUCCCUUGAGAGUUUCCCGAACCAGCUGGCGAAGGUUCGAGACGCCGGGCAUGAACUAGCCCUGCACGGCUACACCCACGAAUUCGUCUCAACCCUAACCCCCCAACAAGAGCGCGACGUCCUCACCCGCUCAAUCUCAGCAAUGACAGCGUUCACCGGCAAGAAGCCAAAAGGCUGGACGGCCCCCGCCUGGUCCACAUCCCCCUCCACCGUCUCCCUCCUCCAAGAACACGGCCUGGAAUAUGACCACUCCUUCAUGCAUCACGACAGCCACCUCUACUACCUCCCCGAGGAGACAGACUACAUACCCACCGACACCUCGCAAGACGCCUCAACCUGGAUGAAACCAAUGAGCGCAUUGAAAUCCUCAGGAAUCGUCUGCGUGCCCGCAAACUGGCACGUGGACGACUGGCCGCCGUUCCAGUUCAGCCUGAAGCAGCCGAAUUCGCACGGCUAUGUGGAUGUUGCCUCGGUUGAGCGGACGUGGCGCGAUAUCUUUUCGUUCCUGUAUAGAGAGCACGAGGAGUUUGUGUUUCCUAUUAGUAUUCAUCCGCAGGUUAGUGGGAAGCCGCAGGUGAUGCUGAUGCAUGAGCGGUUUAUUGAGUGGGUUAAUGGCCAUGAGGGGGUUGAGUGGUGUACCUUCGAAACGAUGGUGAGGGAGUUUAAGGAGGGGAGGAUCCAGGGCGCGGUGGUUGAGGGGGGUGUUUAG